AUGCCCCUCAUCUCCGUCGCGUGCCUGGCUGACUCGGCCCUCCGGGCCCCGGGGCCCCAACCUGUACCCCCUUACAUCACCCAGGCGGCGCUGACCACCGUGGUCGCGACCCACCAGCUGCCGGCCGCCAUCAACACCCUGGCCAUAUGCGUGCGGCCCCUGCUGCUGUCGGGCUGGGGCACGUCGGACGAGCCCGCGCCGCAGAUUGUGGCUGAGGCUAUGAUGGCGGUUCUGCCAGGCAUUGACGCCAACGACGAGGCCAAGACGGCCGCCGUCUUCCAGUUCUACACCAGCGUGCUGGCCAGCCUGCCCGCGCUCAGGGGGGCGGACAGCGAAGACGACGACGGCGCCGACGGCUCUGGGGGUGCUGCGCCCAGGCUGCCCCUGUACCUUGAAGACUGGUUGGACCAGGUCCUGGAGCGUGUGCUGUUGCUGCUAGGAAAUCUGGACACCGGCCCCGGGGCAGACCGCGCGGACGCUCUUCACGGCAAGGCCGACCUCCUGCCCAAGAGCACGACCGCGCUCACAAAGGCGCGUGCCGCACGCUGCGGAAGCGACACCAUGUUCUCGACGUUCUUCACGCACCUGAUGCAGCGCCUGCCGCGCCAGCUGGCGCGCCGCGCGGUCCGGCAGCUCGGCGCCUUUGCCCUCGGCCCGCCGCUGCCCAGCGUGGCGCUGGAGGCGGCGGGGAUGUACCGUGCGGCGGCAGCGGUCGACCCUGAGGGGGUGGUGGAGGCGGUGGUGCGGCCGCUGGCCAGGAGGGUGGCUGGGGAGAUCCCUGAGAAGGCGCCGCUGCUGCCAGAGCUGCUGCCGCUCAUCGACGCCGGGCUGGCCGCCCCCUCGCGUGUUGGCCAGUGA